CCCAUUUCGCGCGCCAUGGCUUGGGACCUCACUUUCCAGGACCUCUCGGUGGACAAGUGGGCGCCCUGUGCGCUGCUCUUGGUCUGCGCCUGGUUUUGGCGGGCAGAGGGCGAGAAAUGCAAAUCCCAGUUGCAGCCGUUCCUGAAGAGCCUGCUGGCGGCGGAUGACGAGAAGGAGGCUGCAGCACAGACCAAGAUCGAGAAAGAGCACCUGCCGAUCGCGCGCAAUCUGACUGCAGUUCCUUUGAUCGUGUUCCUGCUGGCCGCAUCGAGUUACGAUGCGGCCUAUGGACUUCAAAGGUCGAGCCGCAUGCAGCUCUACCUGGAUUACAGCUUUUUCGGGUAUUGCUGCAUGUGCAUCAUCUGCGCCUCAAGGUCCUGGAUUUCGGCGGAGGUUCUCUACUACAUGAGUGCCCUUGGCUCCAUCCUGGGCGUUGCGCACACCUUUCUCUCAGAGCCGCCUUCCAUCCUAAUCACGGCGCCGCUGAAACAAAUGCUCACCCUCUCCUCUGCCUCGAUCCUGUUGGACGGCAGCCUGGCGAUCUUCUCCAGCCUGGUGUCCAACGUCGCGGACAUCGCCCAGCUGCUGCAGUUCGAGUGCCAGCGCGGGCUCCUGCCCGGCAUGGUGAUGACGGAGCUGGGUGUGACUUUCAUGGCGGUGAUCCCCAUCGUCUUGCUCAAGGAGUGCCUCCUCAAGGAGCCGGAGCCCUCCACGGACGGCGAGGUGCAGCUCUUCUUCCACGAGCACUCGGCGGCGCGGAGAAUGCUGGCGGUGCUCUGUGACGCCCAGGUGUACUUGGACCAAGAUCUGAGCAUCAUCUCCCACUGCAAAGGUCUGGCGCAGCUCCUGAUGAGCAACAGCUCCAGCAAGGCGCUCGAAGGCCGGACCUUCCAGGAUUUCCUGGCACCCCGGGACAAGCCCCGCUUCAAGACCUUUGUGGAGUCGGCGGUGAAGGUCUUCCUGGCCGAGGAGGAGCGUUGCUGUGAGCCUGAGCGGCUGGCCUCGAGCUCCUGGAAGCAUAAGUCUUCCACACCUACCUCGCUACAAGUGCAUGUCAUAGACAGCCAUGGCCUGCUGGUGGCCGUGGAGCUCUUCCACAUCUGCGUGCCAGGCCCCAACGGCGGGCGCGGGCACUUCAUCGGCAUCUCCGAGGCCGAGAACGCCAUGUCCCAGGCCUCACAGUCGGACAGCGGCUCUGGGCAGUCAAGGAGCCUGCCGGCCCACCACCACUACUGCUCCGAGAACGCGCUGCAGGAGAUCUUCGCCUUCAAGCCCCAGCACGUGUACCAGGAGGCCAUGCCCCGCAGCGAGUCCUCGCGCCAGGAUGGAGGCGACAAGGCGGAGGUUCUCUCGGAGUCGGAGGCCUCCUCGGAGAGCUCGGUGACCUCGGCGGCGGGGCUGGUGGGGAAGAUGCGCGCCUGCCCCGAGAUCGAGUUCGGGGAGAUCGUGGUGGACGCCUUUUGUGAACGCCUUUCCAUCCGCGAGGCGUCCUUCCGCUUCGGUAAGACCUCCCGGGAGGACGCCGCCUCGCCCUCGCUGCUGGAGUGGGUGUGGCCCUCCACACGGGAGAAACUUCAUGCCUCCAUGUCCCACGGAGUGAAUCUGCUCUUCGCACCCCCUGGGGCGAACGUUGGGCGCCUGGAGAGGACGUUCGAGCCAAUCAUGUUCCAGCUGCCCUUUCGGAUGAAGAACUCCUGCGCGUUGGUGGCCAACAAUGUAGACCUCAGCUUCGCGAAAGAGCGUUCCAGCCCCAGCCGGCCCGGCGGAGCAGGAGGCGAGGAGGAAGGAGUAGCUGAGGAGGACGUGCUGGUGAGGUUGAAGCUGUCCUGCUUCAUGGUGAAGAAGAUGACGCCCUCGAAGCCGCAGAAGAUCAAAGAGCUGGAGGAGCGCGCCAAGGCACAGGCUGACUUGGUGAAGAACAGCUCCCUUUCCUCGGCCUUGGGCGAUGGGCCGCGCCAGGGAGCGCCCUUGAAGAAGUCCUCCAAAGCGCCGAGCUUGUCGGACCGUUCAGAUGUCCUCGAGCCCAUCCAGGAGGUGAGGAAUCUCACGCGCCGCGCCCGCAGAUGAUGUUUGAGGCCUGACAGCUUGAGGCAUCGCCCCAAACGCUCAAGCGGGUUGCUGAGCCGGUCAAAGUCACCAAAGUGGGCAGAUUCCGUUUCGGAAGACGGCUUUGUGAAUCCAGGCUGCUUCCAAUUUCACCCGCAGAGCCCAAGGCCCAAUCCGCGCGCUUUUUCUUCCCAAGGGGUUGUCCUCUCACUCCUCCAGUGAAGCUCUC